AUGAGUGCAGUUAGCGCGCUGACCGUCGGAGUUGGGUCUGCCAACUUCUCGGUCUCUAUCCCUGACGGGUUUGACGAUGUGGAUGUUAUAGAGCACGAUACCCAGUUGAUUCCUUUAUUCCAACACAAGGUUUAUGCUCCCGACUUCGACGGUGUGCCAAUCAGAGAAGUGGUGGCUAGUUUUUUGAGAGAUGCCGAGAGCAACAUUGAAACAUUUAUCGCUCUCGAGGACCUUCUACCUGCAGGAGCAUUACCGCUCGACGUGAGCGAAGAGUUAUUAUCUUACGGUCUAGCCUCGAAAAUCACUUAUGCUUUUGGAACUUCGGAUGAAUCUUCAAGGGCUGUGACGCGCAGCAGACCAUACUUCCAAUUUGGAAAGGAUGAGGGCUGUGACGAGUGUGGCACACGGGACCAAAGUGCUAAUGGUGACACUUGUUAUAACUUGACUAGCUGCAAUUAUUACAAGAGUUUCGAGGUGUCAGUAAACACAAGUUGGAUAUACUUCUACGCUUAUCUUUCAUCAAAUUGCACCGGGACCGUAAAAAGCUUCUCAUUCACAAGUACCUCAAGUUGUGUUGGUUUCUCAGCCGAUUAUUACAGUUUCGAGUACCACGUUAACUAG